CAGCUGACACCACACAGCUUCUCCUUUUGAUGCUCUUCUUCCUCCAUCGGAUCACAGCGCUUCUGAAAAGACAAAUAUUUCGCUAUCUUUGUCUUACUGGCGUCAAUUUUUAAAUUUGAGCCAGGUAUAUCUUGCUGAUCCAGCAGGUUAGGCUGCCGAAUAGAUGUUGUUAGAGUGGAUGAUGAACGGACACGCCAUUCUUUACACGGGGGUCACUUUGGCCUUUUGGAGCACCAUACUAAUCGUCGGUAUCUGCUAUACCAUAUUUGACCUUGGAUUCCGCUUUGAUGUGGCAUGGUUCCUGACAGAGACUUCUCCUUUCAUGUGGGCCAAUCUGGGUAUUGGCUUGGCCAUCUCUCUGUCUGUGGUGGGAGCUGCCUGGGGAAUUUACAUCACUGGCUCAAGCAUCAUUGGCGGUGGUGUCAAGGCUCCACGAAUCAAGACUAAGAAUUUGGUCAGCAUCAUCUUCUGUGAAGCUGUCGCAAUCUAUGGGAUCAUCAUGGCCAUUGUAAUCAGCAACAUGGCUGAGAACUUCAGUGGAACAACCCCCGAGACCAUUGGAGCAAGGAACUACCAAGCUGGAUACUCCAUGUUUGGAGCCGGUCUGACUGUAGGCUUUUCUAACCUCUUCUGUGGCAUCUGUGUCGGCAUCGUGGGCAGCGGAGCAGCUUUGGCAGACGCCCAGAACGCCAGCCUCUUCGUGAAGAUUCUCAUUGUGGAAAUAUUUGGCAGUGCCAUUGGCCUGUUUGGUGUUAUUGUAGCCAUUCUGCAGACGUCGAAAGUAAAGAUGGGUGACUAGAGGAUGCAUUCACACACAACGAAGAUAAAAAAAAAAAAAAAA